UGCUCCGGGAAUUAACCUCCCAAGACUGCCGCUUGUGCAUGUAUGUAGCAUGAUUCAGGUUGGAACACAGGAAGCUGCCAUAUACUGAGUCAGGCCAUUGGCCUAUCUAGCUCAGUAUUGUCUACCCAGACUGGCAGCGGCUUCUCCAAUGUUGCAGGCCGGAAUCUCUCUCAGCCCGAUCUUGGAGAUGCUGCCAGGGAGGGAACUUGGAACCUUCUGCUCUUCCCAGAGCGGCUCCAUCCCCUAAGAAGGGGAAUAUCUUACAGGGCUCACACAUCAAGUCUCCCUUUCAUAUGCAACCAGGGUGGACCCUGCUUAGCUACGGGGACCAGUCAUGCUUGCUACCACCAGACCAGUGUACAUAGGUGGGCGUUCCUAGCUGCCACUAGAGUUAACCCCCUUUGAGAUUGAUUCAGGUGUGCAUAGGCUGGCGUUCCUGGCUGCCACUAGAGUUAACCCUUUUUCAGAGCUCAUUCAGAUGUGCAAAGGUGUAUCUUCACUGCUACCCGCCCCACACUCUGAGUUCAUUUUAAGCAUACCAGCUGACAUACUGUGCAACGUUAUGUUUGCGCCGUUGCGCCACUUGUUUUAAUCUGGAAGAAACGUAAAGAUCCAGAGAGGUGGAUGCAAUUGUCCAGUGCUUCCAAAGUUUGAACUAAAAAUUCUCCCUGCGUUUGGGUUUGGGGGGGGAGGGUGUGUGUGGAUAACUUCCACGUCUACUUCUAGCCAGACCAUUGUGGGGGGGAGUGGGGAAGUCUCCCCUAGCAUCCUGCCUUGCCUUGUCAGCCAAGCAAGUAUUUGGGGGGUGACCUCCCAUCCUUUCCCCACCCCAUCUUUAUUCAUCAGCCAUUAAUCCUCCUGCAGCAGACGAGGGAGGGGGAAACCCAGUCCUAGCUCCCUGAGGUGGGGAGGAGAGGAGACCUCCCUUGGCCCCCCAGUAGCAAUUCGCUACCCUAACUGGGGCUGUGUGUGAUUGUCUCACAGCUCAAGUUUGUGUUGACAAGAGCAAUCUGAAAGUUUUCGUGCCCUGAAAAAUGCAGGCCGAUAAAACAAAAAAUGUCUGCUCCUCCCAUCCCUGAUCCGAAUUUCCUUUUCUUUCUCGCCUAUAUCCUUCCUGUGUGCCUGGAUGGAGUGCAGUAAAAACAUCAUCAGCAUUUUAUCCACCAUGCAGGGUUGCCGGUUGAUCCCGUGUCAGUGGGGAUUGGAUAAGGCAGCCUUAACUCUGCCCUGAUACUUGGGUGAGAGGCUUUUAAAAAGGGAUCCCAUUUCAGGUUCUGGGAGAGGAGCGGGCAAAGAGAUGUCUCAGUGAGGUGGGGCGAACCACAUCCAGCUCCUCAGCUGCACUCUUUCAAGGCCUGCUGUUGGGACUCAGCCUAGUCCCCCAAAAAAGCAUAUUGGAAGAGAGAGCCUUUCCUUUUAAACCCCACUUGUCAAGACUGCAUCAUUAUCUGUUGAAAUAAGAGCCUCCCCAUCUCUGGCCACUUUUAAAAAGGCACUGGAGACACACUUAUUCACCCAGGCUUUUCAUUAGAUUUAUAGUUUUAAAUAAUUUUAAUACUGGGUUUUAAACGUUUUUAAUCUUGUAAAUGAUUUUAAUUGUUAACUGACUUCAUGUUUUAAAUUAUUUUAACUGUAAACCGCCCAGAGACGCAAGUUUGGGGCGCUAUACAACUAUUUUAGUAAGUAAGUAAAUUUAUUACAGUUCUUAGACUAGCUUAAUAUUUAUAGAAAUAUUUGAAAUAAAAUAAAUAAAUAAAUAAAUAUUGAGGGGACUGUGUGGGUUAGUGCAGUGGUGGGGAGAGUGUCAGGUGUCGGCUGUUGAGACCUGGGUUCAAAUUUAGCAAAGCCAACUGGCUGGCUUGGGCUUCCCGCCAACCUAAGCCACCCUGCAGGGUCGUCGUGAGGGCAAAAGAGAGGCCUGAGCAUCUUGGAAGAAGAGUGGGAUGAAAAUAUCGCUGUGUUUGGCGUGAAAUAUCGAUGGCUCCCUUAGAAAUGGUGCCAUGGGGGCCAAGAUACAGGGUGGGGUCUUGCACGAGGAGCCCUCCCUCCCUCCUCCAGCCCAAAGUAGCAUCCUUGCUUGCAGUUUUGGGGGUGGUAGGCCUAGGGAAGAGGGGUCUCCUCUCAGGCAGGCGCUCUGCAAUUAUUGCCAUCCUCCCAGACUCCCUCCUUCCCAGCUCUUCCCCUCACUUCUGCCAUAAAAAGGGGCCAGGGGCUCAUUGCCCCAUUGUGAGGGGAUAAUGGGCCCAGCAGCUUGUGAAAGUGACACCAUGAAUGGGGCUGAGGGGAUGGGUAGGGAAGGAGGUAGGCCCCGUCGCCCUGGGUAACCGCAGGGGCUCUAAGUGCAGCUAAUAGGAUAAGAGGGUCUGAAAGAGAAGGGGUGGGUGGGACGCUGGAAGGCCCCACUUCUAAUGCUCAGUGGCUUGUGGGGUGUGUGUGUGUGUGUUUCACAUUGUAGGCCUCAGGAACACAACCCCCCGCCACCGCCCCCAAUUUAGCUUGGUCUCGCAUCCGUGCCUAUAUGCCCAAGGUGAGGCAGUGCUGUAAUUUAUGCAGCUAUGCAUAAUAUUGGUGCCCGUGCAAGCAAACAAAAUCUUCCGGCAAACUAGCAGAAUGGUCUUGCAAAGGAGGAGGAAUUUGGCUAGGGAUUUGUGGGGGCGGGGGGCGGGGAGGCAUAGGUAGGACUCCUGGGUCCCAUAGAGAGGGGGGGUUUGGUGGCUGGCACUGCAGGGCAGGGGUGACUUUGGCUUGUGGAGAAAGUGUCUGAGAAAAUUCUCUGGACGUUUCGUCUUGGAGGGCAUGCUGGAAUUCUCCCUCAGACUUUGACAUUUCUCUACAAAGUUUUAGUUUCUCCUCAGAGGAAUUCUCUUCACAUUUCGGCAUUUCUCUUCACACUUCAGCUUCUCAGAGGGUCGCUCACAUUUCUCCUCAGAGUCGGACGUUUCUUUGCACAUUUCAACUUCUCCUCAGACUGAGGAACACUGAAAUCCCUCUUCAGAGAUUUGUUUCCCCUCUGAGGGACCCUGACAUUUCUCUUCAGAGUUGGGCAUUUCUCUUCACAUUUUAGUUGCUUCUCAGUUUCACCCUGAAAUUCUCUCCCUUUGGAUAAAUUUCGUUUCCAAGCCUAGCCCAGCCCUCUCCUGCUCAGUCAGGAGGGGUCUGGAAGAAAGGCCUCCCUCCAACUUGCUCCAGAUAUUUGGCCUUCAUUCCAUGGGUCAGCACUGGGGAGUUGCACCAACCCCUCCAUACUAAGGGCUUUUCAGACAUGCAUCUUGUGCCUUGAUGACUGCUGCAUCAAGGGGUGACUGCAUGUGUGAACAGUCUCUCACAGAUAAGAACCCUACAGAGAAGUCUUUGAGAGUUCUUCACAUCAUCUCUAGUAUUUUUUGGUGCAACCAGUUCAAUCCUUCAAGUGCGGGGGAAGGUAAUAUUCUCUGUAUUUUCUCUUGUGUGUGUGUUUGGUGAUGAUUUCUCACUAAAAACAAGAGGCAAAGAUACUAGUCCUCAUGGAAAUAGUACAAAACAUGAAAGCAUCUUCCAUGUUGUUUUUUCUUCAGGGGAAAGUAGGGGAAGGAUUAGAUAAAUGCUAGAAGGAUAAGUUGCAGUAUUAGUUUUAGCUAUGGCAGGCUGUUUUGCACAAGUUCCGUUAUUUAUUGACUCUGCUGUUACAUAAUAACAACAACAACCCAGGACCAUGUAAACAAGGUAAAGAUCUCCAUACAAAAUCUCCAAAACAACAUACAAAAUCAAAUGUACUUAGAAUAUUUGAAGUCAAGAGAAUCUGUCUUGCAACUGUUUCUGAACAUCUUCGUUACUGAAUUUUUGGCCAUGCAAAUCCUGCCUUCCUUUGAGCAGUAUAAACAAACAAUACUGUACGCUUCAUCUAUUGGGUUUUUGAAUGCUGUUUCCCGCUGGCUUGCCAAAUUUUGGGGGAUGUCGUGGAGCGUCUGGCUGGUUCUCGGGCUGUUUCUGCAGGGUUGGGGUCUGGCCCGCCCGUCGGAGCUGGCGUUUGUCCUGGAGCCCAGUGAUGUGAUUGCCGUCCGGGAUCGCCCACUCUUGCUACACUGCCAAGUGGAAGGAGAGGCUCCCAUUGCUAUUACCUGGUACCGGAACGGAGCAGCACUCUCCGACGACAGCCACACGACUGUCUUGGCCAAUGGUUCCCUCCGCCUGGAGAGCGUGCACCGGCGACCCCGGGGAGGAGCAGCAGACACCAAUGCCAGUGACUCAAGCGCCGGGGAGUACAGCUGCACGGCCCAGAACCGCUAUGGCCUCCUGGUCAGCCGCAAAGCACGAGUGCAGAUUGCUACCUUGUCCAAAUUCCACAUGCACCCGGAAUCCAUGUCGGUCGAGGAGGGAGGUGUUGCCCGGUUUCAAUGCCUCAUCCAAGGCGUCCCCGAGGCCACGAUAACCUGGGAGCGUGACCGUACAGCCCUACUGACAGAUGACUACCGCUUCACCCUCCUGCCUACCGGUAUCCUGCAGAUUACGGGCGUGAGGCACUCCGACGUGGGCACCUACCGCUGCGUGGCCAGUAACAUCGCCAACACCCGCUACAGCCAAGAUGCCACGCUGAGUAUCAGUGUCUCAGCUCCAAAGCUCUACAAGGAGCCAGUCAUCCUGUCCGGCCCUCAGAACCUGACCAUCACCGUGCACCAGACUGCCAUCUUGGAAUGCAUCGCCACUGGCAACCCUCGGCCCAUCGUCUCCUGGAGUCGCCUGGACGGGCGUUCCAUUGGCGUUGAAGGGAUCCAGGUCCUAGGAACUGGCAACCUCAUGAUCUCUGAUGUCUCAGUGAAACACGCGGGCGUCUACGUCUGUGCUGCCAAUCGGCCUGGCACCCGUGUGCGCCGUACUGCCCAAGGCAUCCUCAUGGUACAAGCACCGCCUGAGUUUGUGCAGUGGCCCCAGUCGGUCUCCAAGCCCCCGGGCAGCAGUGCCAUCUUCACUUGCGUGGCACAAGGUGUGCCAGAGCCCCACCUGAUCUGGCUGAAGAAUGGCAAAGUCCUGGCCCCUGGAGAGAACAUCAAACUCACCCACAACAACAGCACCCUCAUGAUCCAGCGGAUCACCUCAGCAGACGAAGCCAUUUACCAGUGUAUUGCUGAGAACAGCGCUGGCACCAACCAAGCCAGUGCCCGGCUAGCUGUGGCCCUGUCCAAGGAGCUGCCCAGCUCUCCUGAGGGCAUCCAGGCCACGGCCCUCUCCACCACCUCGAUUCAGGUGUCGUGGCUUGAGCCCCCCAUGGAGGUGACAGAGGCCAUCAUCGGUUACGUGCUCCACAUCCGCAAGGCGGGAGAGUCAGACAGCCGGGAGCUGCAAGAAGCCGUUAGCAAAACCACCUUCCAGCACAUCUUCACCAACCUUGAGCCCUCUACGACAUACUCCAUCUACCUGAAGGCCUAUUCACCACUCGGUGCCAGUCAGGAUUCCCAGCCCAUCCUGGCGACCACGCUGGGCAGCAUCCCUGCAGCCUUGGGAUUCUUCACCAAGAUCCUCAACACCAGUGCUGUCCACGUCUUUUGGGAGCUGCCAGCCAGACCAGGCCGGAUCGAAGGCUUCAAACUCUACCUCCGGAAGCUGCCCAGCGCCCACUACGAAGGACCCCAGCUUUUGCCCGGCACGGCCAACUCCUUCACCUUCGGCGACCUGGAGCUCUCGGCCAUGUACGAGAUCAAACUCCAGGCCUUCAAUGGGAACGGAGACGGGAACAGCAGCGUGCGAUUCAUCUCGCUCAAGGAGAACUCGGAGAGGCUGGAUGCCAACCCAGUGUGCCAGUGUGGACAGGACGGGGACAACUCCUUAGCAGGCAUCGUGGUCGGUGUUCACAUUGGCAUGGCCUGCAUCAUAUUUUGCGUCCUCUUCCUCAUGUUCGGCUACCGCAAGAGCCUCUUCUGCAAGAAAGGAACUCAAGAGAGUUGGACGGUCCCCCAGGGAAGAGAGCCAGCCCAGACCACCACCCGGGAGCCUCCUCCUCGGGCCCAGCGCAAGCCUGAGGGCGGAGCCACGCCUUCAGAGAUGGUGGAACUGGUCACUCAGAACCCGCCACCCUCCGACGGACUGGCCACCCGCGACACUCCCCAUUUCGAAGUGACCGUUGAGCGCUGCCUUCCGUCCCAACCCAGUGGUUAAGCCCGCGUUGGUGGGGACGGGGUGGGGGGAGGCCCCAGCUGGAGCAGGGGGGUGGCAGCUCCACAGUGGCCCGGCCUCCCGCGACCCUGCCGCCCACCCCACCCCGCCCAGGAUUCCAACCGCAAACCUCCAAAGAAUCUACCUCACCUCCGCUGGACCGCCAGGGUCCGGCCCCAUCGCCACCCUAGCCAGUUGUCCCGGAUUAUCUAUUUUUGAUACAGAUACCAAAACUACCUCAACCUGCCAGCCACUCUGGCGGCCCAGUUCCUCCCCACCCCGGCCAGAGGUGGGGUGGGGGGAGAAGGUGGGGGGCAGCUUCCACAGCAGCUGGGAGACCCCAGCCCCCGAGGCAGACCCUUUUGAGGGGCAGCGGAGAGAAGUGUGUCUGCCCCUCCUUCUCAGCUGCCUCGGGCCUGGGGUGGAAGCUGGCCCCCACAAUUUUGCCGAAGCCAACCCUCCGUUAACGAUUGGGGGUGGGGAGGUUGAGGCUCCCAAAAGUGUCCCAAACGAGAGCCACAUUCUCCACUGUGGGGUGAGUGAGGAUCAUCCCUUUUCGACACCCCCGCCCAUGGUGCCUGGGCGCUCGGCACCAGCAUACCAAAUAACGCCAAACCAAAAGCGGGAGCAGCAGCAGCAGCAAACCCCCAGCCUGGUGAAUGUCUGCCCGCAGCGGCCCCCUUCCCUGCCAAGAGGGGGCGGGGAGAGGGGCGCCCUUCACCCAGAGCCUUGCGCUCCUCCCCACCUUUUCCCCCAAUAGCUUCUCUUGCUGCUUCCUACAGAGUGUCUUUUUGUGAGAUAUAUAUAUUAUAUAACGUCUCUAUCCAAAUAUUUUUUAAGAUGAUACAAGAAAUUGCUGAACUGCUUUCCAAAGAUGUAGAGCUUUAAACCAUACGGACAACGAGAGCCUUAGCUUUCUAGUUUUCAGGAGCAGGAGGGGGUCGGCUCUCCCCCGGCCCCUCACGGAGGGAGCUCUCUUCAGUUGGAAGGGGGAGAUAUUUAUUUGAAAAACCAGAAGCUUCUGCUUGGUGUCUAGACAACCUGCUUGAUCGAGGGUUCGCCCAAUUCCAAACCUCAGUUUCCUCCUACAGCCCCCCUUGCAACUGAAGAGCGCCUCGGCGAGCCCGACUGGGGGUCACCAGAGUGUGUGACGCACAGUUCCAGGAGCCCAGAGAUGAGUGCAACACCAGCGCCCCUCCUUUUCCGCCGCCUCCUCUUUUGUUUUUUUCCUGCCUUUUCCUUUCCUUCCUGCCAAAGCUUCUUCCUCCUCUUUCUUCUUUCUUGGACGCCUACGUUGGCACGGCAGACGGGGCAACUCUGCCCGCCUCUCCUCCUAAGGCGGCUCUGCAGAGCACGAGCUCAGUUCCCAGGAGGAGCUCUGCUUCUGAAGGUCAACAAGCCCAUCAUGCCCAAAGGAACCAUGAGAGAGCAUCUGGGCUCAUGCAGCCUGCAUUCACCUUUCUGUCAGAUGGCCCCGGCCUGCCCCACCUCUUGGGGAGGGCUUCGGCUACCUUUCCAAAUAUGUGGCUGUAGGCCACAGCUAUUCAGUGCGGAGGAAAGGGCAUUCUGCACAUGCCCAGGUGGCUCUUCAUGCCACUUGAGCCUCUGUGCUGCUCUUCCUGGAGCUCCUGAACCCUCCUUUCUGAGCACCAAAGCCCCAGCCAUUUGGGAACCCGGCUGGCUGAAGCAAGCAAGAAGCAGGGGCCCAACCUUAGAUGCCCACUCAGGAAAUUUCACUUUUGUAACAACAUUGAAUAUACUCCACACAUUUCAGCAGCUCUCUUCCUUAAGGCAGAAGAGUCUCUCUCUGUCUUAUUCCAGAUCACAACUAGGAAACAGUUAAGUGUAAGGAUGUUCAGUCAAAAAGCCCACAGAAUCCCGCAAACUCUCCCCUAAUCAGGGAUUCAGUCCAUUAAAAAUUUGCAUGCUGAUCAGGUUCAUCAGUACUUUCAAACUCUCCAGUUUGCACACUAACUUUAAAAAGCAGUUCCAGAGCCAAACACUUUGAACCGGUUCAGAUAAAUGUCAUGCAGAAUAAUCCUCUUUAGCUUAUAAUGUAAAACUCUCUGAAGUGAGUACAGUAACCACAGUAUUUAACGUGAGAAAACAGACAGACGGUUAUCAUUUUAGACUUGGGGAGACGUGUGACUGCCUCUCACUUACUCCUUUCGGUAGGAGUGAGCCACAGUUCUGAAUACUCCUCUACAUUAAAAGGUUUCUGCAAGGAGAAAAUUAGCUCAGCAGGGAGUGAACUCACCUCGCUUUCUACUUUUCAAGGAGUUCUUUCAAUACAGGGCAGAACUCUGGUGUAUCGGGGUGGAAAAGCCACUCCAGACUGUGUUUCUCUCCACUCUGCUCACAGCUGUCCAGAUUUGGGCAGGCUCCACCCAUAAUCCAGCAGAGUUUUGUUCUGACUGUACCUCUUGAUGGUCCAAAUUCCAUCUUUGCCCCGGCUCCACCCACUGGCCCUAACCAAAGAGUUAAUAUCUUAAUGCAUAAAAGGUGGCAAAUUCAGGCCUCCUGGAUGACCCUUGCAAAAACCACACAAGUUCCAUCCGUGUCGUAAUCUCCGUGUCGCUGCCAAGCAGGCGUCCUUUCUGUCUGUCCUCUUUCUGCUGUCGAUUGCCCACUCUUUCCAAAAAGAAAAAGAAAAGGGGAAAGCAGCACAGCCAGGCCACAUGAGCCUCUCUCCUUGUAUGAGUGACCUCACGCAUGAUCUUUUCUGUGUGCUUGCGGGAAAAACCACCAACCAAGUUUUGUGUACAAAGAACAGAACAAAAGGAGAACCAUUAGGUAGGUGUUUUCUGAAGCUUUGCUGUCCCCCUCUCACCUUAAUUUCUCUCUAGGAACUAUAACCAAAAUACCCCACCUUUGCCCUUCUUUUCCCCACCAAAAGUAUGAAGAAGAAAAAAAGUUACCCAAACCUUUUCUUUUGGAUUAUUUUAGUGCUUUAGGCAAACCGAUGUUUUUUCAUAGCUGAAACGAGUUGAUCUUUUCCCCUCCCUCUUUGAUAGGAAGUGUCUCCCCGUGAGUGGAGACACGCACAGUGGUUCUGCAGUGAGGCCGGAGGCCAACAGGAAAGGGGGAAGUUCCAGCAGCACCCACUUCCUGUCGGGAUGCACUGCCCCAUCAAAAAGUCACUGCCCCUCAAGAAGCCAGAGUCCAGGUUUCCCGCUAAUAUAUCCACCACCGUCCACCUCCAUCCAAGAGCAACCAAAGGAACGUUCCAAACCAACCGUUGUAGCUAUUACUCAAAGACGCCCGUCGGCUGCCAUCCCUGGCCUGAUGAGCAAAAAAGAACCUCCCUGUGUAUCUCUAACCUGAUGGCUUUAAUGACCCCCCCUUGUGUCCUCCUGGAGCCUCUCUUGGGCUCUAGGCCAGGCAUCACCACCUCACUCAGUGCUUCAUUGGCUGAAGCAAAAAGUUCAUGGCAGUCUCCUCUGACAGGGAUGAGUCCUCACCCGGACUGUGAACUUCUCACCAAAGAUGCCCACUUUACCAUGGUAAUGUCCAAACCACGUCCACACAGAUGCUUUUUAAUCUGUGUUGCCAGAAAAGCAGAGUUGAAAUGUGCCCUCCAGGGCCUUCUGCCUCAAGCCACACCCAACUAGCCCCCCUGUCCCUUGGAGAGGUCCAGGGGAGAGGAGUCAGAACACCCGUCCCGACGGCACGGCUUCUUGGCUGGUCCUCCCCAUCUCCAUACUUGAAGAAAUACUUGUUUGGGGGUAGAACACCUUCCCUUAGCCGCUGCUCAUAGGGGCUGCCCUGUACAGCCCCGCCCCAUGCAGGUGUGCUCACAAACAAGCCCUUCUCAUCGGCUAUGACCCUGAUUGGAUUGUUACUCCCUGCCACAAGUCCAUAGGAUUAAAUCAGCCACCAUGUCAGGGUUCUUGUAGCAUCCCGGCUGGUUCCUGCCCUCCUCCUUGCCUUGCCCAGUUGUGCUUUGGCUUAUGAACUCCCCUCCUUCCUGAAUCUGCAGUGCAGCCACUGCCAGUUGGAGCCCUCACUCGAAAAUCGCUUUAAUUGUUAGCGGUGAAUGUGUGACAUGGUCACUGUGGCCACAACAGAUGUGCUCGAACUCACAAGUAGCACUCUAGCAGAUCAGCAAGCCAAAAUCCCUUCCCUUAGUUAGAGACCUUCUAUAUCUUCAGCUUUGCUUUUCCUACAGCCACAGCUUUUUCCUACAGUCAAACAGGGCUUGUCCAAAUCACUUUGGACAUUUUCACACUUCUUUAAAAUGGUGGAUGUAUAUUACAUCAGGGCACUGCACAGCUUCAAGACUGCAAGCCAUAUGAUGCAGUGCCACUGUGGCCAAAUUUGUUUGUGUGUCAGUGCAAGAACAACUAAGUGUUUGUGCAGCUUUAAAGACUACCCAAUCCAUGAGACUGUGUAUUAUAAAGCUUUGAAGUCCACAGAACUCAUGAUGCCAUGCAACCACUGGUAAAAAAACAACUAGAGGCCUGAAUAAGAGGUUUGCAUCUUGUUGUGCACUUCCCGGAGUCUUCGGAGUGGGUGGUAUAUUAAAUGUCUCUCUAACAAUAAUAAUAAACCACCUGUCUGACUGUGUAAACAAGAAAUAAUAAUAACAGCAAAUAGCUGAGAAAGCAGUGAAAACAGCCUGCAUUAGAAGCAAACCUCUUUGUGUUCUGGGAAUACUUAUCAAGGAAUGUCUAUGAACAAAAGAGAUACAAAAAUAAAUGCACAUAUAUAUGUAAAACCAAAAAAAUAUCCUAAGGGACAAUGCCAUACAUUUCUCAAAACGCAUGUACUUUAAACUUGAAUUUAAAAAUUGACUUUAAAAUUCAAGCUAAAUACACAGAAAUAUAUAUAAUGUUGUGGCGGGGAGGGGAAUGAUAAUGCCACCAUUGAGGCUACAUCCCCAAAGCAAUAUUCUUUGGGGGAUAUUACUCUGAAGGUCAGAAUUGUUGAGCAUUACAGCAGUACAGAACAGAAGAGAGAAACGGAGCCUCUGGUUAAACACUAUUUGGAAUGUGGACAUAGGGCUGAAGACGACAUGUGUGGGGCCAUUACCCCCAUAGAGAGGAAGGGAUUAUUCAGACAGAAGCUUCUUAGAAAAGAAGCCGCUUGGAUUUUUAGACUGGAUGCCCCAAUUCCUAAUGGGCUAAAGGCAAGCAUGCACCACAUAUCCCUGGUAAACGAAUUCCUCUGUUUCUUUUGAAUAAUUUGUAUCUCUGUAGCAGGUCACGCCAGCCCUUUGGGUUCUGUGUCCUGGGAGUGGGCAGCAUGGUUCUGGCUUCAGCAAUAUUGUGAAUUUUCAAAGAAUAUUGCUUUGGGGAUGUAGCCUCAUUCUCAUCUUUUCAAAAACAGGGGCAGGGUUUUUCUGUCUAGCUGCCAUUUGUAUCUGAGUCUGUACAGGAUACAGGUGUCUUCUAAUGCAGCUUUUUUGAGUGAAAUUAGAGACAGCUGGGUCAGUAGAAGAGUUUAGUGAGUGAGGCACCUUUCUGGAGAGAAACUUUCAGCAGGCUGCUUCGAGCUUGGGCAAGAAUACCUAUUUCUCCCAGGCAGUCAAGUGGAAGUAAGGAUUGACACUUUACUUUUUAAAUAUAGCAUCUUUUGGGUUGGUUUCUUCAUAUUAUGGACAAUUUAUUUUUCAGUGUAUUUAACUUGUACUUUUAAAGUUAAGUGUAAAGUGAUGUGUGCUUGAAGGAAUAUAUGGUAUUGUCCCUUUGUAUAUCUUUAUAGUUUUUAAAAAAUCUUUUCCUUGAGAGAGAUUCUUUUCAAAAUAUAUUCCUCACAGGAUUUGCUCCCUGUCUGUGUUGUUCUCCUCUGAACCUGUUCUAGUUUAUCAGAGUCCUCCUCCGUAAGAUACGAGGCCCAGAACUAGAUACAGUAUUCCAAGUGCAGAAUUGACUGGAAUGUCUAUUAUGCAGUGAAACAUUUAUCUGGCUAAGUUUCAGAAGGUGUUGAAGGUGUCCUCCUUCUCCUCCUCUAAAAACCACUCUGCAUUUUAAGUUUUGCCAUCUCUAAAUUGAACGGCAUACAUCAAGCUUUCCCGCAAAGGCAAUAUCCCAUAUGGCUUCAGCCACCACAAACUAGCCCUGUCCCACUGCGGUCUCUAGCCCACCCCCACUCCCAGUGAAAUCAGUGGGGCUUGUUUCCCUGCAGACCUCCAUGGGGCUGGCUGUAGGCCAGUUUGGAAUGGCUGAGGACUUAGUAAUUCAUCUCCUAAUGAGAUGGUUAACAAAAUACCUGGAAUAGCUUCCCCACAAAAAGACACAACAGCACUCCCAUUUUCUCUGGAAGUUCAGGACAAAGGGAAGAGAAUCCUGUUUGUAGUGCUUGAAAAUGGACACCCUUACUUUAUCAACUGCCCCAUUGAGUACCCCCCCCCACCCCGCGCUUUCCUCCAGAGGAAAUGCAUCCAGAGAUUAUUUACUUACUUUUAAAAACUAGCCCCAAAAUUUGUUUUUUUAAAAAAUUAUAUUGGAUAAAAACCCCAGGGUUUUAUCUGCCCACAUGGAGUACAUUAUCCAUUUAUGGCCUAAAAAAAAAAAAGGAAGGGCCAGGCUUGAAAAACAAAAAUCAGUGCCAAGAGGCAGUUCUGACUCACACAAGCAAAUGGCUGUUUCUCAAGCCUGCUUGACUGAAAUGAGGCUCUAACCCUCCAAUGUUGGUUUUUUUUAAGCUCCCCGCCUCCAUUGCCUAGUUGCCCAUCUGCUGUAUUUAAACUUUUUCUUGCUCACUUCCAAACCCUCCCCAAAAGGUGAGUUGAUGGGUAGAAAAGUGUUGCUCACUUUCUGCCCAAUUCUAGCCCUUCAGGCGGAGAUUCAGAGAGAAAGGGGUCCCCUGGUUAAACAGCUCCUGACCCAAUUUAAGCCAAUAGUAGCCAAAAAUCUGUUAAUAGAAAUUGAUAUUUUGACCACCUCAGAUUCCAAAGCCCUUCAGCAGCUCCCAAAGACUGGAGAUUUGCAAGCUAAUUGUCCCUUGUUGAAAUAUCCCACUUGCCCUGGAUUUAAUAUGGCUCCAUUUGUAACUGUAAUACAGACCAAUUGGAUCGUUGGGGUCAGUUGAGGUGAUGUCCUGCCUGCCUGCCCCCCAUGGCGGGAGCCCGGCCUCUGCUCCUGCUGAACCACUGUGAAUAGUGCUAUCUCUAAGACAAAAGGCUAGAACCAAUGAGACAAGAAAAUGUUUUUUUGAUUUUUUAAAAAAAUGUGUUUUGUGAAACUAAGAGAAUGAAACAAAAGCUUUAAGAAGCCACAGCCAGAGUCCUUCCAGAAGAUUAACUAUUGGAGAAGGGAGGACCUGGCUGGGGAAAAGCUAACAUCCUGUGCAAGACAGACAGUACGGCCUAAGGGUGAUGGAAGAGAAGAAAGGAAACAAGUGUGUUGGGGGCAGUAGUGGGAGGGAGAAGUGGGGUUGGCACCUGACCCAGAAGGAAACCACGUGGUCUCCAUCACUGUCCACUGCAGCACUGGUCCCUACUAGCAGGAACUGGCUGUUGGCUGUGAAAUCCACAGUGGCUGUCAGUUACUCAGCAAGAGAGAAGGAAUUUAAAGGACCAAUUCAGCCAAGCCCCAAGUAGCCUGUCUCAAAGGGUUGGGGAGGCAGGGAGAGCUUUAACUGGCAUUUCAGAGAGUGCCCACACUUGCCUCCCGCCCUGCAUGGGUUUAAAAACUGCUUCUUCUUUUUUUGCAGGGAUGUGGUGGAGUUUUCAAAAUAGUAUUCCAAUGCAAAUUUGCUACAGUUUUCUUAAUUCUAAUUUUGGUCUUACUCUAAACACCAGUAGGGCUUAGAAUUUUUAAAGGUGUGGCUGUAAACAGCCUCCAGACUAAAUUAGUCAUGAGUAAGUCCCAUUGAAACAAAUGAGUGAACUUUAUUUUGGUAAGCUGAUGUAACAUUUCUCCACACUUAAGUAAAGAGGUGGAGUGUUUGUGUGUUAGCACCCAAAGCAUUUCAGGCUUCCCCCAAACCACCACAUCUCACAUUUUUAUUUAAAUGUUGUUUUAUUGCUUUUUGAAAUGGUUAAAACAAAAUAUUGUCAGGAAAGUUCCCACCCCAUCCAAGGUAGUCAUUGAGGCAUCGGGAUCUGGAGGCUGCAGUGUGAUGUCCUGAAAUCUUUCUUGCCUGUGUUGAAAAUUAAAAAAACAAAGUGGAAAAUGUCUCCUGGCUAUAUGUUUUCUUGGGGGAGCGAGUGCUGGAAUCUUUCAUGGUUAACAAAGUUGACUUUGGAACAGAAGCAUGGUAAGGAAUCUGGAUUUUCUCUCU